AUGGAAUCAAGCAAAAGAAACAUUUACUCCUUCAAGUUCAAAGAUCUCGAUCUAAGGAGCUUACGUAGCCUAGUCUCUCAGAUGCACCCUGUAUACAGAAUCAACUUUGGAAAGAAUUAUGGCAAUUUGCUCAGCAUCCUCAAUCAACAAAUGGACCAUACAGCCUUGAUCACUUUAGCCCAAUUUUAUGACUUGCCUUUAAGAUGUUUCACAUUCCAAGACUUCCAGCUAGCACCAACGUUGGAAGAAUUUGAGCAUCUUGUUAGGAUCCCUAUGAAGGACAAGUCACUAUUUGAAGGGACAAAUGAAUCUUUGCCCCUUGAGGUCAUUGCUAGUGCGCUUCACAUGGAUGAAAAGGAAGCAAAAGACAACUUAGAGACCAAAGGGAAUACCAAAGGGUUUUCACUAAGUUUUCUUUGGGAAAGAUCUCAUACCCUGUUGAAGGCAGAAAGUUGGGAUGCUUGUUACUCUGCUAUUGCAUUGGCUAUCUAUGGCAUCGUCCUGUUCCCGAAUAUGGAUGGUUUCGUAGACAUGACUGCCAUUUGUGUUUUCCUUACUGGGAACCCAGUACCCACUUUGUUAGCUGAUGUCUAUUAUCACAUAAGUCAUAGGUAUACUAAGAAGAAGGGAUUGAUUGUUUGUUGUGCGCCUUUAUUGUAUCAGUGGUUUCUAGAACAUCUUCCGAAGACAGACAUUGUAUUCAGUUAUGGAGAUUUCCCAAAUCUACCGCUUAUUGGAACUCAAGGAUGUGUGAAUGCUAAUCCAGUUCUAUCACUCAGACAACUCGGUUUCCCAAUGGAAGGCCCUCCAGAGGCAAAUUCUUUGGAAGAUUUCUUGUUACUUGACUUUGGGGCUGAGAAUCCUAGCUUAUUCCAGCGAAUCAAAGAAGCUUGGAAAAAUGUCAAUCGAAAAGGGAAAGCUGAGUUAGGAAGAGCAAAUGGGAUUACGAAAGAACCAUAUUUUCAGUGGGUAAAGGAAAGGGUGCAAAUGAUUAAAAUGCCAUUUGUCAUUCGGACACCUAUACCUCUUCCUGAACCUAAGCUCACCCAUGUCCCUAUUGAAGAAAUGGAGGAACUCAAGACCACCAUGGCAAAGCUAGAAAGAGAGAAUGAAGAGCUGCAGAUAAAACUCCAACAGACCAUCAAUGAGAAGAACAAUAUGAAGUGGGAGCUUGAGAGAAAAGAGGCACAACUUCAGGCCCACGUGGAAAAGUUCAACAAGGAGGAGCAUAAGAGAAAAAAGAUCAAAGUGGGAUUAGAACAAGUUGAUCAUUGUUUGGAUACUCUUAAGGGUCAACUAUGA